GUGGGAUUCCUUGAAGGGGUUCAUGGCAUCGCCAUCGCCGUCGACGGACAAGACGAUUCACUUCAUUCGGCACGGCGAGUCCACGUUCAAUCAAUGGCGCCUCCGAAGCAUUCUGACCUUUUCUUGGAUCUUCGUAAAGGACCCAAUGAUCAUUGACGCCAGAUUGAGUGCACAAGGCAAGCUGCAGGUGGCAGCAUUGAAGAAAGUCAUCCAAGAGAGAAAGCUGCAUGAGAUUGUGGAUGUGAUCAUUACAAGUCCACUGACUCGCGCCAUUGAAACCACUCUCGGCGGAUUCGACGGGUGCCACAUCCCCAUUCAAGGUACCCAUCUCCCUUGUGUCGAAGUGCGUAUUCUCCUCCGUGUUAUCAAUUGUGCAGUGAGCCCGCUGUGCCGCGAAAUGCUCGAUACAGCAUGCGACAUCGGUCGACAACCUCAAGAGUUGGCGCACGAGUUUGGUUCCGCUGGCAUCGACACUACGUCCUUGGCUGACUAUUGGUGGCUCAGCCAUCCCACGGCGGCCACCAUGACCAUCCCGCAGUCGGCAGAGGAGGUAGCGCCGCUCCGAGAGUCUGUAGCCGACUUGGACGCGCGCAUACUCGCGUUCCUGCAUCUCUUGAGGGACCUGCCGCAAACCAACAUUGCCGUCGUGGGCCACAGCAGCUUUAUCAAACGAUUGACGAAAGCGACGCGCAAGCUCGCCAACUGCGAAAUCCACACCACGACCCUGCACCAAUGCCUGAAGUGAACACAUAUGUGUACAGACAGUACAGGUUGCCCAAGCAUUCACUAUGUGACACAGUUACGGUCAAGUACUAAUGUCGAUUUGAUACAAACCAAAUCGAUCCACAAUCGAUCUGAUUGGU